ACAUCGCAGUUGGCCCCGGGACUGGGCGUUAACACGGCCAGCCUGGCAGCGAACACAACCUGUUAGAUAACUAACUAGUUAACACUUUAAACCAACUAGUUAACAGUUUAAACUAACUGUCAGACGCAGUUCUGAUGUUAAAUGUUCACCGGAAAUGGCUAAAGUGAAAAAUCAACCGUUGUUUUGUUUGUUAGCUAACAGCUACGUCCACACAUAGCUUGUCAAAUUGUAGCUAGCUGUUGCUAUGCUAGCAGCUUUCUGUCUGUUUGUGUGGCAGUAAAACAACAGGAAGAGGCAAAGAAAGACCCCAACUGUCACUGAACUACAGCAGGCAAAGUUAAUCAUUUCUCUGCGGCUGGUUUCUGUUCUCCAUAUUAAUCUGCAAGCAGUGUAUAAGAGGAAUAGGCAUGACUAUAAUGUGUUAUAAUAAGUAUUAUUUAUAAAGUAGCAAUACCAACUUGGAAAAACAUCCUGCACUCAUUAAGUCUCAAACAUGGCUUUAGAAAAGUCUGUAAAGUUCACUCUUAAUUGUCCUGCAUGGGAAAUUUAGCUUGCAGCAUGUCAAAAACAAAUCAAAAUAGACAGUAAAAACUGGAGAAAAAAGUUAAUUCACAAUAACAACUUGCGGGAGAUGUAUGCAGUGUGACACCAAGUUCGACUUCAUCAGAAGAAAGCAUCACUGUCGGCGGUGCGGUCGCUGCUUCUGUGAUAAGUGCUGCAGUAAGAAGGUGGCGCUGCCCCGCAUGUGUUUCGUCGACCCGGUGCGGCAGUGCGCCGAGUGCAGCCUGGCCUCCCAGAAAGAGAUGGAGUUCUACGACAAGCAGCUCAAAGUGCUUCUGGGAGGUGGGACCUUCGUCGUCACUUUGGGAACGUCGGAGAAGUCUGAAACUAUGACGUGCCGCCUCUCCAACAACCACAGGUAUCUGUUCCUCGACGGGGAAAGUCACUUCGAGGUGGAGUUGUCUCGGAUCUCAAGCAUGCAGAUCCUGACAGACGGGUCGAGUCCAGGAGAGAAUGACAUUCACACUUACACCAGUCUGCUGGACACUCAGUAUAUCUCUGAAGGAGGGACGUCGCGGGCCAGCGGCAUGCUGCUCCACUACAAGCCGAUGGGCUCUCAGGACGCGCAGCAGCUCCGCAUGGAGGCAGCGGACGACAAGAAGGCGUCCGCGCUGUGGUUGGCUGCGAUGCACAAGGCGGCCAAACUGCUGUAUGAAGCUCGGGAUCAGUGAGGUGCAGGACGCCUGCAACACCUCCAGGCAGAGCACACCCAAGUGUUUAGCACCCGGUCUCACCGGGCUUUGGUAUCGUUUGGAUUUUUAUUAACGCCAGUUCUGCUUCUGAUUCCUCAUCGGUUCCAGUGCUUCAUCGUGGUAAUCUGCAAGAAAGGUUUAUAUAAAAAGGAAAGACUUUGUUACCUCUAUAACCAGUACUUUGUACGUCACGUUUACCACAAAUAGGCUGAUUGUUCUUUCUCAGACUUCUUUCAUCCUCGUUGAUUUACACAUAAAUGGGGACACGCAGCGUUAAUGUUUCUACAUGAAUAAUGAAGAAGCGCAGGAAGUAAGAAGUUUCCCAACACGAGUGUCUGUUGAUUUCUGGGAGGCUUUUAAUUCCUGAGCUUUUACUUUCUCAGAUUUGGGAGUUGCACCGUGAUCCUCAGAUACUUCCCGUUGAACAUGUAUAACACCCACGAACAUCUUCCAUAAGUUCAGAGAUGCAGUAACCCCUCCGACAGAGGCACCGUGGUUUUAAGAGUUUUAUAUGCUGCACUUACAAUAUUUGUUUCUGGGAUUUUAGUUCCUGGAUGAGACACUUAACGGAUCCCUGUAGGGAUAUUUUAUAUGAUUUCAUUUUGCUGACCCUCCGUCCACAGAGGUCAGAGAGCGUCUUUGCUCAAAGGACCUUCAGCAGGACGGACGCUUUACGGUUGAACCCAGGUCUUGCAGAUAAAGCAUCGUCCCACGCAGGUUAAAGGUCAAAUCAGAGUUUGUUAUUUACCAGGAAAAAAAGACCAAGUUUUGUGCAGGAUUUAAAAGGCAUUCUGGGAAAUGUAGGAUUUUGUAACUGAAGCAGAAACAAGAAGAAGCAUGUUGAAGAAACUUUACAGAUUUAUCCACAACAACAACAGCGUGUGAUCGUUCCUUUAAGAGACCUGCUUCCAUGACAGAUGUUUCUGUUUCUUCUCCGUAAAUUAUUACAUUAAUAACUUCUCUAUGCUACAAUUAUUUACAGAUUUACAUCUUUAGACAUCGGCGUCUAAGGAAACUACAGACUGUUCACUGAUUCUAGUGAAGACAUAAAUAAAUGCUUUAAAUGUA